AUGGGUCGAAUCACUACAGAGUUUCUUGAUAAAGGACAACGAUAUGAUGAAACGAUUAGUUAUGAAGAAUUAUUUAAAGCUGGUCGAACUGUUUGGUUUAUGAUAGCAUUUCAAAUGCAACUUAACUUAUCUUUAGUUUUAACUGAUUCUAUAUUUGGUUAUAAUAUGCUUUAUCCAUAUACAGAUGAUUUAGUCGAUUGUAAUGAUAUAAGUCGAGAAGCAAAAGCCGAUUUUGCAAAACUUUUUCAUGAACGACUACUAAUUGGUGAACCAACAUAUGAUCCUACGGUACAUUUUGAUGGAAAACAAUCAAAUGUUUCUGAUUUAAAUUUACCACCAUCAUUACAAUCACAAGCUAAUCUUAUAGUAAAAAUAUUUGAUAUGGUUAAAUUUAUUGAAAAUGAUUGGAGGCGUGGUAGUGAAUAUGAAGGUGUUUAUAUGAGUUUAGCUGCAAUACAUGAAUCACAAAUGAAAUCAACAUUACAACAUGCAAGAGCUGAAGAUGAUUAUGCACCAACAAUGACACAAGUUGAACAAGUUAGUGCAGAAAAAGGUGGUGCAUCAUUAAUAGCUGCUGGAUUCUUAAUUGAAGGACGAUUAACAAGAACUAAAAUGGCUUAUUUAGAAUAUUUAGGAUUUGGUUUACAAUUACUUGAUGAUUUACAAGAUGUAAAAGAAGAUAUGAAAAAUAAUCAUCGAACAGUUUUUACUCAAACUCUUGCCGAAUGUCGAACAUUAGAUGCACCAACAGCACGUCUUAUACAAUAUUGUUAUUGUGCACCAGCACAUGAAAAAUUUAGUGAUGAUCAACGUACAGUUUCAGAUCGAAAAACUGGUGUUACAUUAGCUCAAUAUAUUCGAGUUUCAAUGAUGAUGUUUUCUAUUGUAUUAGUUUUAGAAGCUGCAUCUCGCUUACCAGAAUAUUAUUCAGAAGAAUUCUAUCAUGAAUUAUCUUCAUUAAGUCCAAUUACAUUUAAUGAUCUCAAACCAGCUCAUGUUGAAGAAAGAAUAUGGGCUAUUGUACGAAGUCAAUGGUUUUGA